UAUCCGGUUCAUGUGACACGCACUUGCUUUCCAUCAUGGCGGCCUCAGCUAAGAAGAAGGGCAAGAAGGGGAAGACCCUCACCCUUACUGAUUUCUUAGCAGAGGACAGUGGGGGCAACCAUAUACCGAGUUAUGCGCCUCCAAAACCUACAAGCUGGGCAGAUGAGACUGAUGACCUGGAGGGAGAUGUUACUACCUCCUGGCACACGGAGGAAGAUGUGUAUCGUGCGCCACCCAUCGAUCGCUCAAUCCUGCCCACGGCACCCCGUGCUGCUCGUGAGCCUAACAUUGACCGCUCGCGUUUGCCACGUUGCCCACCAUACACUGCCUUCCUGGGCAACCUGCCUUAUGACGUGACCGAGGACUCUAUCAAGAGCUUUUUUCACGGUCUCAGUAUCAGUGCAGUGCGUCUCCCACGAGAACCCAGUAAUCCGGAGCGACUGAAAGGCUUUGGCUAUGCAGAGUUUGAUGAUGUGGAGUCUCUGCUGCAAGCACUCAGUCUCAAUGAAGAGAACUUGGGGAAUCGUCGGAUUCGGGUGGACAUUGCAGAUCAGUCUAAUGAGAAAGAGAGGGAUGAUCGUUCAAUGUCGGGUCGAGACCGUAAUCGUAGCAGCGACAUGGGACCUGACAAAACUGACUCAGACUGGAGAGCAAGGCCAAGUGGCGACACGGAUGAAGGACCACGCCGAGACGAUUCGUAUGGAGAACGAUCCCGAGAUCGGUACGACUCGGACAGAUACCGCGAUGGACCACGACGGGACAACGACCGCUACGACAGUGGUAGAGACAGAUACCGGGAUCGCUAUGAUGACCGGGACCGCAGAGACUAUGAUAGAGGUUAUGACUCUCGUGGUGGAGGUCGUCGUCCUUUCGGCAGUGGCUUCCGGCGUGAUUAUGAUGAUCGGCGGGAUGACUAUCGUGGUAGCGGCGAUCGGGGAGAUCGUGGUGAUAGGAGUGAUCGGGGGGAUCGGUAUGGAGAUCGCUAUGGUGACCGCGAAGACCGAUAUGAGAAACGUGAGGACAGAGGCCCUACCCAGAGGCCCAAGUUGAACCUGAAGCCGCGCAGCGUUCCAAAGGAGGAGGACAAGAGCAGCACUCAUUCGACAGCCUCUAGUCGAUCAGCUUCCAUCUUCGGAGGGGCCAAACCAGUAGAUACGGCUUCUAAGGAGCGGGAGGUAGAGGAGAGACUUAAGAAAGAGCAGGAGAGGCUGCAGAGACAGCUGGAGGAGGACAAGGGGAGAGGACCUGAACGCAAGCCUAGAGAGAGGCAUCCCAGUUGGCGAAGUGAGGACCAGGCAACAGAGCGCUCACGAACAGGAAGCGAAUCAUCGCAACCAGGAAACAGCACUAGCAGAGGUUCAAGACGGCGAGAAAGCGAGCGCUCUUUGGAGAACGAGGUUUUUAGCAGCCGUGACGAUGAGCCACCCUCUCCCUCAUCGUCCAGGCAGGAUGGGCUUCCCCUGAAGGUGGUUCCAGCCCCGCCCCCUAAAGAGAAUGCCUGGGCAAAGAGAGGUGCCUUGAGCAGUGGCUCUGCCGAGAACGAGCUGAAAUCUGGUCCUCCCAAAAGCUCUACAAGCUCAACUGAUGAUCGAGUUCCCCAGAAAGUUAAAGAUGAGAACAGGGGUGAUGGUCCACGUCGGGGCCGCGGCGGAGCUACAGCUCCUGCAGCAGGGAGAAACCGGCGCAAGGAAACGGACAGAAUGGACGCGAGAAGAGACCGAGAUCUCAGACCAGCACCAGAGCCAAAGAAAUUUGAGGAAUCUCCCAGUCCUAAAUUCAGCUCAGCCAGUAAAUACGCAGCCUUACUAAUGGACGGCGAGCAGGGAGACGAUGCUGAGGAGAACGGAGAAAGAGAGUUUUGCUGCAGGAAAUUCGGUCACAAACAAAUUAUGAAUUAAUCUUCCAGCUUUUUCCAUGCAGCAGCGAAGAACCAGCUCUGCUUCCUUGAAGCAAACACCUGGAGAAACAGUCAAAUCACAUGGCAAUCUCUUAUAACCACCUUCAUCAAGACUGAGCAGAUGCGAUUGGGAAAAAUACCAGACUCAUUUUAAUAUAAGAGGGAAUAGGGGAAGUUGUCUUAAGAUAAUUAUAACUAAUAAAAAAAAAUGUAAAAAAAGGUUUAAAAUGAGAGAAUGUGAUCCCAUUGCUGCGGCUGCUCCAGUAUACAUCACAUGUUUCUAGCACUAGUAUGUUAAAAAAAAAAAAGCUGGCCAUGACACAACGUAGGUUCAUACCAAAGGCGAGUGUCUUGUUGCUUUUCAGGGUUUAUGCUUGUUUUUUUUCAUUCGUUUGUUUGGUUUUGUUUUCUUACUGAUACGACAGCCCGAAUGCUGUGCUUCUAGAGACUUUGGGACCUGCAUGAUCUGUUCAGCAGCAUUUUAUCUUGCAAAAUCAAGUCUUAAUGCAUAUUAUAUGGGACUUAUAUUAUGGAUGACGUACUAACUGCGAGGCAGAAAGAAAGCCAUUUACAGACCACAUAUUAGUUUGGCAACUCGUAACCUUUCAUUAUCCCCUAGUUUGACCUGUUCUUAUGGACAUGUAUUUCGAGCUACAUCUGUGGCCAGCUGUGCCCUCAGAACAGAUAUUUUCUAUCUAAAAGAAUUAACAGCUUGUUAUUCAUUUAGAAAAUUCUCCCUAUUAAUCAAAUCCUUUUGAACAUUGGUGACAAAUUGCUUUUUGAAUCAACCAGUCCAGUUUGUGUGCAUUCUGAAUAAAGGUUUUAAUAAAAUGGUCA